GUCUUUUCUGACCACUAAGCAAUGAAACUUCUUGGCCACUAGUGUUCACAAAUGCAAUGAAACUUCUUGGCCACUUUUUAUCGGCCUUUCUGUAAAAUCUUGAGAAACAGCCCGAGAAAUGGCCCUGCUUACCGCCUCUCGAAUGCAAUGGCAACUUUUACGGUUGACAAAAGCAGCCUUCUAUAAAAGCUUGAGAAACAGCCCUACCCGCCUCUCUGGCUUCUUGGCCGCUUUGUUAUUGAGCUUCGGUAUCCCAACACUGAAAGUUGAUUUCACCUCUCCGAUGGUUAUGAGUUAGGUCGUCGAGAGACUUCCGAGAUAACCAUUGUCAAGAAUCGCGGACGAAGAAUAUAUUACCAGAAUCCUCAGUGGGGAGGAUUCCAGAGAAGAUCGACAAUUGAAAUUUGUUUAUUUUAUUUUAUUUUAUGUGUGUCGGAAACUUAUUUAUUUGAUUCUUCAUGUAUUGGUUUGUUUUUAUUGGUCCAUCCUUCAUGUAUUUGCUUCUAUUGCUGACUUAGUUUGAUGAAGAUUGAUCGGGUGCUUGAGGAUGGUGUUCUAGAUCCAGAAACAACAGUGGUGUCUAUAUUCCCAACUCCCAUAUAUUAUGCCUGCCCAAAUGAAGUCCAGUGGCAUGAAAUAUCUUUGACAAAUUCAGGGGCUAGCUUUUACAUUGUUGGUAGAGACCCUGCUGGUAUGGGCCAUUCACAUGAUGCUUGAUCAUGGAACAAGGUAUAUAUUAAGGUCAGUUCUGGGACUUAAACGACUAAAUAUCCUUUUCUUUCAAGGUGCGCACAGUUUUCAAGAUUCAAUGUGUUCGUUGAAACUAUGGCAUUGCCCUGUCCCAUAAAUAAGUGAAAUUGCUGAUCCUUGCAAUUGAUUUUUGUUCAGGUUGCUGCGUUUGAUAAUAAUAAUGUUAACAUAUUUCUUUUCUUUUGAUCAGUAAGAAUAAGGCUAACUGACUUUAUUUGAUUCCACAAAGGGUUUAAAACAACUUCAUAUUGGGCACCAAGGUACAUUUUCUUCACUUACUCCUAAGAUUCAUGUUGCUUCAGUGGCUAGAAAGUGCUUAUCGAUGUUACAAUAAUAACUUAUUCAUCUUUGCAGCGUGUUGCAUAUUGAUUUAUGAUAAUGUUUUUUAUUACAUUCAAACAAAAAUUAAACAUGUUGAGUUGCGCUAUUCAUGUCAAAAGGAUCAAGUUAUUUUAUUAUAUGUUUAUUAUAGGCAAAUAGAAUUAAUGGAGAAAACUGUGAAUCGAACUCCAAAAUAUCUAUGUAGAAAUUUAAAGGACGAGUUAUAGCUUAUACAAAUCUAUAUUUGUCUAAUUUAUGCCUUGAAGAAUACUGGUUAAAAAUACAAUAAAUAUAUAUUUUUUAAUUAAUUUAAAUGAAAAAAUAUAAAAAUUAAUAUAUAUUUUAAUAUUAU